GAGGAGUUGCGUUGCGUCUGUGCAGGAUUCAGGUCCACGUCUCUUUGGUUGAUGGAGCAGUGAGAUACCGGUGCCUGUGCAUCUAACUAAAACAACACACCGAACAGCCGCGCCUCCUUUUGGAAACGCCAUACGAACAGUUGGAUAUUUUUAUAGUUGUGGCUAACCUUGUCGAUAACUGCUUACAGACCUAAACACAAAGUACUUAGCUAGCAAGCUAGCUAGCGAUAGCCAGCUUACACUGCAUUAGUGAAGCAACAAUAACUAGCUGGCUAAAAGCUCGUAAUGGACCCUCAAGACACAGCCCCUGAUUCCUGGGAACAGGAGGACGAUGUCGAGGCCCCAGCAGUGGACGCAGAACCACAGGCUUCUUUCACUGGCUUCAAUGUAAAUGCAGCAGUGUUUGUACCGAGCUUUUUUCAGGGAGGGCCUUCGGUAAAUCCCGUAUCUGACGGUGCAGAUGUAGCUGCUAACAAGGAAGUUUCAGACAUUGUUGCGGUGGAGAAUGGAGAGACAGACGCCGGUGCGGAGGAGACGUGGGAGGAGAAGGUGAAGCCGGAUGAGGAGGAGCCGGGAGGCGGGCCCCAAGCGGAGAGCAGGGACCCUGACCCUGAGUCGGACGAGGGCCAGGAGGACCUGGAGGAGGAAGAGGAGCUGCCCAUCCUGAAGCCACCCCCCCCAAAGCCUGACGCCCCUAAGAAGGAGCACGUCAAUGUGGUGUUCAUUGGUCACGUAGAUGCUGGGAAAUCAACCAUCGGAGGACAGAUCAUGUAUUUAACAGGGAUGGUGGAAAAGAGAACUUUAGAGAAGUACGAGAAAGAGGCCAAAGAGAAGAACAGAGAGACUUGGUACCUCUCCUGGGCCCUGGACACCAAUCAGGAGGAGAGGGACAAGGGGAAGACCGUGGAGGUGGGCCGGGCCUACUUUGAGACGGAGGACAAGCACUUUACCAUCCUGGACGCGCCCGGCCAUAAAAGCUUCGUGCCCAACAUGAUUGGCGGAGCGUCACAAGCUGACUUGGCAGUCCUGGUGAUCUCUGGCCGGAAAGGUGAGUUCGAGACGGGCUUCGAGAAGGGGGGUCAAACACGCGAGCACGCCAUGCUGGCCAAGACGGCAGGAGUCAAGCACCUGAUCGUCCUCAUCAACAAAAUGGACGACCCCACGGUGAACUGGAGUUUAGAGAGGUAUGAGGAAUGCAAAGAGAAAUUAGUGCCAUUUCUAAAGAAGGUGGGCUUCAACCCCAAAAAGGAUAUCCACUUCAUGCCCUGUUCAGGGCUUACUGGAGCCAACCUCAAAGACCCCUGUGAACUCUGUCCCUGGUACACGGGAUUACCAUUCAUUCCUCAUCUGGACAGUUUGCCAAGCUUCACCAGAUCACUAGAUGGGCCUGUUAGAUUACCUAUAGUAGACAAAUACAAGGACAUGGGAACCGUGAUCCUGGGGAAACUAGAGUCCGGCGUCAUUUGCAAAGCACAACAACUUGUCAUGAUGCCAAACAGGCACACCGUAGAGGUCCUGAGUCUGCUCUCGGAUGACAUCGAGACGGACGACGCCAUGCCCGGCGAGAACCUCAAGCUGCGGCUCAAGGGCAUAGAAGAGGAGGAGAUCCUGCCUGGCUUCAUCCUAUGCAACGCUGAGAACGUCUGCCACACAGGGAGGACCUUUGAUGCCCAGAUUGUCAUCAUUGAACACAAAUCCAUCAUAUGCCCAGGCUACAAUGCAGUUCUUCACAUCCACACUUGCAUCGAGGAGGUGCAGAUCUCGGCCUUAAUAUGUCUGGUGGACAAAAAGACAGGCGAGAAGAGCAAGACGCGACCCCGCUUUGUCAAGCAGGACCAGGUGUGCAUCGCCCGGCUGAGGGCAGCGGGCACCAUCUGCCUAGAGACCUUCAAAGACUUCCCUCAAAUGGGUCGCUUCACGCUGAGGGAUGAAGGCAAGACUAUUGCCAUUGGCAAGGUUCUGAAGCUGGUGCCUGAGAAGGACUAAUGUGGAGUUGCUGGACUGUCCCCUUGUGCACUCUGGGACAGAGAAGGAUGGUAUCCUAGCCUACAGUCCUCUGUAGCCAUCCUCUGUUCCGCACUAUCUACCUGCCGAGGAGCAAUUUUAACACUACAAAAAUCAUAUUUGACUAAAGGAGCUGAUUGACGUUUUUAAGAAGAACAGUAAUAAGGAAAAGUACAGUGUGUCAGCUUUCUCAUAUUGAGAGCUCAGCUAUGCCACUCAUGUAGCCCAACUAUCCUGGGUCAGCCGAUCACAACUCUAACAUUUUAAAAGUAGGUGAAAUUCUCUCUGCCUUUUGGAAAGGCAGAAAGAGAUCUUGCAGAAUUUUAAUUCAGACUGUUCAGCCUACAGUUACAAUUUAUCCGAAGUACUUAAUGCACUUAAGAAAAAAAUAUGCUGAUAUGAAGGACACGUGUCCAUUCAGCUCUUCUUGCCCUGAAAUGAUUUGGACACUUCCACUGUUAUGGCCUGUGUUGACCUAAAGCUGCAGUGAAAAUAAAGUAUGGAAUUAUAAAAGAACUCAAAUUUCA